UCCUACCUUCCCACCAUGCCUGGAGACCUGCUUUUCGAUGAGAAGAACUGGAAAAUUGGGCAGAGGGAUACAAUUUAUACUUGUCAGUGUGGCUCCUGCUGGGUUGUCACCGAGUGUGGGCUUCCCAUGGAGGUGAGGAAAUGCCAGUGUGGCGCUUCCGUUGGGGGAACUGACCACAAACCUGUGGCGGGCUUCAUGAGUGAGAAUACCACCGAGGACAGAACGGAGAGGGGCUACAUCCUGGGGAGCCCUCUCUCGCGGAGGAACGAGCUGGAGAGGUGCCUGUCGCCUGCCUGCGUGGGUCUUGCGAGGACUCUGCUCCAUUCGUCCCUUCUGCUGGGGCUCUACUCUGACAAAAAGGCCGUUCUAGACCUGAUGAAAGAGCAAGUGGAGGAUGUGGAAAAGUUCUUCUGGGGCCACCUUCAGAAAGACGUGGCGUGCCUGGCGGAAGCGCUCAGCAAGAACACGGAGGAUGCCGUGCUGACUGUCCAUCUGUUUCUACAGGACCUGAGCAACAACAACCCAGCAGAUGGGGAUGUAGCCUUGAGUGUCCUGCCUGAGAAAAAGGACCGAGAAGUAUGGGAAACCUCCUUCAAAGCCCUGGCUCAGCCCUUCUUCCAGAAAUUAGAGCAGAGGCUUAAUUCUGUCAAGGAGCAGAGGAUGAACGAAGGUCCCCACGGCUCCAACCUCCUCCUGAAACUGGCGUAUAGCCAGACGCCACCUUUGGAAAACCUGCCGAGGGAGGGCUUGAUCAACCAGCCUUGCAUGUGGAAGUUUGAGCAGAAAACCACCAUCCAGUCCCUGAUGCAUUUCCUCCAGCAGGAGGAUGGAGAAGGCUCUGGAAGCUCCUACCCCAUCCUGCUGGAGCUCCUCUCCAAGCUUGAGAACAUCCAACACGUCCGAUACCUGCCCGACAUUUUCCGUCUGCAGAACGCCCUGAUCCACUUCUUCCAAAACAGCUACAAAGGGGAAAAUUACACAGUCAGGCAAUUCCUGGAUCAGCCGGAACUUUCAGACGACCAGCGUUUGACUUUCAGCAGAGCUAUCGAGACGAUCCGGAAAGUUUGGAGAAAUAUUAAGAUGAACCCAUCCAGCUCGGGCAUCCCCUUCCUGCCGAACCUUUCACCGGACAACAUCAACACCAACACCGCUGUCCUGCACCUCCUCCCCACCCAACCCUCCAUCAGCCACCUGGUGACCAGGUUCCUCAUCCAGCUGCAAAACAACUGCGUCAACACUGCCGCGGUGGUCACCAGGGAGAAGCAACGGUCCAUCUCUGCGGAAGAGGUGAAGCCCUCCUCCGUGCUGGCCGUAACCAAGAGCGAUCUGGUGACCAUGGCGCUCGCCAACUUGCAGUAUGAGGUAGACGAGAACGGCCUCAAGACGACCUACUUCGACUUCCAGAUGCUGCAGCGGCAGGUGGUUCAUCGCUUCAUCAGCGGGAAGCCCAGCAUCAAGGCUCAGACGGCUCCAUCCAUUGCCCUCAAAAACGUGAGGACCCUCCAGGCCACCAAGAUGGAAGUCAGGGAACAAGUGCCCCAGGAGCUGCUCAGUGUCAACCAGCAGAAGCGCAUCAUGGAAGAGGCCCGCUCGGUCAACGCCCUCUCCAAGGCCUUGGCCACCUUGAAGGUGGCUGCCGAGUUCCUGGCCGUGACGGGCGGUGACCCGGAUCGCCUGUUGCCCAACUAUGUCCGGCAAGACUUGAGGAUGGACGCCGGCGCCAAGCAGUUCCAGGACCUACCGGUGGUGCCCAACACCCAACUGAAGCACAUCCUGUCGCUGUGGCAGGUCCUGGCAGCUCGCAGGUCCAUGCUGUUGGUCCAGAUGAACCAGGAUCCCUUCUGCCUGGUGCCCAAGGAGUUCCAGGGGAAGCUGGAUGCAGGGCAAGCAAAGGACCUGGCCUUCGCGUUGUCCAACACCAACCUCGACCUCUUCCUCAUCGAGCUGCACGAGAUGAUCAUGGUGGCGUUGUCCAAAUUUCAGCCCGAAUACGAGCUGAAGGACGCCUUCAGCUUCUUCUUGGAAGAGAACCACUUCCCCCCCGCCACCGUGGCCACCCUGACGGACGCCCUGGACCCCAACAUUCCCGUCGGGAACAUCCUCUCCGUCUGGAGGACGGCGGCGAAGACCAGCCAGAUCACGGUGCCGGCCUACGGCCAGGAGCGGCCGGCCCAAGGCAGCCUCUCCACCGGCGGCUUGUCCCCGUGAGGAAACACCUACCCCGAAAUCCCGGCUCGGGGCGGGGCAACACGAGAUGCGCGGGGGCUCCUGGAGCUUCCGAACCCCCAGAAUUCUGCCCUGGGGGAGAAGUUUCUCCCCUGGACCCACCACUGCCCCGUGGGAGUCCCGGAGCGUCCCCGUCACCCCACCCAAGCCACAGCAAGAGCUCGGAGAGCGUCUCCGUGGACGCGUGUCCGGCGCUGCCACCCCUGUCCUCGGCCAGCUCUGCCCCCCCCGCAGACCCCAAGGGGGGGGCCGAGGAGUUGGGGGCCCCUCCAGCACCCCAACGUUGGCCGAAGGGCGCUUCUGCGUGUCCCCGCAUCCCUUGUCGGCGGCCUCUGUCCUGCCUCGCCCCUUCUCUCCCUUCCUGCACCAUUAAAUGCUCAAG